AUGUCGCGCAUUCCUGGUUACCCGCGGGCGGGCGCGAAUGGAGGCUACUCAAACGGAAGCUAUAACAACGGCGGGUACAACGCUGCAGCCGACGAUCUCGGACCACCCAGCACCGAGCCGCGAAGGCGACCUGGUGGAUACGGAGGCCUAGACGCUGUAGAGGACGAAAACGCGCGGCGACCGAGCGGCGAACGCGAACGACGACCAAGCGCCUAUGAAGGCAUUGUUGCCAGAGAAGACGAGUUUGCAAGGCGGCCAAGCGGCGACCGCGAGAGGCGGCCCGGUGGUUAUGGCGGGCUCGGAGCUAGACGAGAAGACUCUGGAUCGCGACCGAGUAUCUCGCGUCCUACCAGUCUCGAGCGCUCGCAGGCAAAACGACGUAGCGGGGAGAGGCAGAAUGGAGUCGGUCGACCCAGACCAGCUGCUACCAACUAUGGCCCGGGAAGCCAGCGCAUUGAAGAGGUCCUGCAGUACAUCCAGCAGAAAUGGGAUUUCAUGACCAAGGACCAAUGCAUACCAAUCGAGGUCGCAUUGAAGCUCAUGGACUCGAGCUCCCUCGGACUGGCAGAUCAGUACGGCAAGUUCCGGGGAACACACCAGGAGCUCCAGCAGGCACUGAAGACGAUUGUGAAUGAGCACCACCAGGGCUUCAACAGCUCCAUCGGUACCUUCCAUCAAAUCCAGAACAGUCUGCAAAACUCUCAGCACAAUGUCCGGAAGCUCAAAACAUCUCUUACAUCUGCAAAGUCGCAACUAUCAUCCGCCAAACCGGAGCUGCGAGAGUUUGCAAUAGCUUCCCAAAGUUAUGAUGAGAUGUUACAGAUGUUGAACACCAUCGCGCAACUACAACUUGUACCCGAGAAACUAGAGGCUUGUAUCUCAGAGAAGCGCUUCUUAUCGGCUGUAGAUAUCCUCCAAGACGCGUUGCGAAUGAUCCGAAAAUCUGAAAUGGAGACAAUCGGUGCGCUGGGCGAUCUCCGUAUUUAUCUCAGCAACCAGGAGGUCUCACUCACCGAUAUUUUGGUCGAAGAGCUCCACAGCCAUCUCUAUCUCAAAUCGCCGUAUUGCGAGGACAGGUGGAAAGAGUACGCCCAGAACCAAGUCAAGAGCGAUAUAUCCGAGCGUGCUCAGACAGAUAUUAGUGGCAGGCUAUUGUUCUACUUUUUGGACGGUCUCGACACUUCCGAGCCGAUGACUGACGACUCGGCACACAACCCUGAAUCGGACACCUUCCAGUACAUAAGACUUAUAAUAGAGUCGCUCAACAAGAUGGGCCGUCUAGAGAUAGCAAUCAACACCAUUGAAGAUCGAUUGCCUGUGGAGCUGUUCAAAGUUGUCGACAAAUCGAACAACGAAGUCGCCCUACGUCACCCAAGUAUACUGCGGGCUUAUGCGACGAGAAAGGGAGCCAAGUCCAAGACCCAAAUUGAAAGCGAUGACAUCAGAGCAACCCUCCUCAACGACUUGCUCUGGACUCUUUACGCGCGGUUUGAGGCGAUUGCCGAAAGUCAUAGAGUUGUGCAUGAUGUUGUUGCUGGCAUCGUCCGCCGAGAAGGUCUGCGAGAUUCAUCCAGCAAAGCCUUGACCCGUGGGUUCAAGGAGUUGUGGAAGCUAAUGUGUACUAACGCGAUUCAGAUGCGCUCAAUACUCCACGACUAUCUCGCAACAGACGGCGAAACCUCAUACCGGAGUGGCAAUGGCCCUACGUCUAUCACAAGCGCAUUCUCGCGUACUCCUCGAGACAAGAACAAGCGCAUGUUCAGUCUCUCAGAUAUGGAUACCAAGUCAUCCGACAUCACACAAGAGCGAGCAGAUCUAGAAUCUAUUUUGAAGUCUUCGGUUCCCGGACUUGUGUCAAACUCAAAGAGACCAGAUGAUUUGGCUACAAUUACAACCACUAAACUAGACGGCAGUGCGACUGGACACAAACUGCUUGUUGAGCCAAGCGUCUUCAACAUGGGUAUCCUACUGCCGCCAUCGCUGGAGUUUUUGAAUAGAUUGAAGGAGGUUGUACCUCCAACUGCAGACAUCAAGAUGACGACACUGACUUCGUUCCUUGACGACUUUCUGGUGAACGUUUUCCAUCCGCAGCUGGACGAGACACUUGUGGAGCUGUGUGCUCAGACGUUUGUUGAAUUGGAUGCUUUCCAGGAAGAUUCCCACUGGGCGAAGCACUCUAAGAAGCCUAUUUUCAAAGGGACCGCAAACUUCUUCGUCCUUAUUUCUGCCUUUUGCAAGAUGCUUGACAAUCUGCCACACGAUCAGGCUUUCUCCCAAUUGGUUGUUAGCCAGAUGGAAACAUAUGCGCAGAAGUGCACAAGCUGGUACACAGCUCUUGUCAGUCGUGCGCAGCCUACACCCACCGGUAGAACCCUAAAAGCAUCCGCCGCGUGGGCACAGUCGGCAGAGAUAGAAGAUGUUGUCUCACAGCUUUUCCAAGCCGACCCGACAGACAGUGAGGCCUUCGAUCAACUAGUAGCGCAUGAAAUCACCUUACUAUCGCAAGCGGUAGAGACAGAGCCAUUAGACCAAGCGGACAUGGUGCAAGACAAGAAAGCCAUCAUCAGUCUCUGUCUCCUGUACACGAGCAUGAAAUGGCUCGCCACCAAGAUCGCGCAACUACGCCACAUCAGCGACCGAGCAACAGACUCCACGCUUGCACAGUCCGCCGGCGAGAGACACAACAGGCGCUGGACACUCCUCUCCUCCUCGGAGCCCAGAACGCAAGGUGCACCAAUCUACCUGCCCCUAAACCGAGAAACCGCUGCCUCCUUCGACGCCGUGGUAUCCACCUACCAAUCCCUCAGCACCCGCGUCCUCCGCACCCUCCACCUCUCCAUCCGCACCACGCUCCUCCACUCCCUAACCUACGCCAUCCAACCCGACCUCUCCCUAACCACAGACGCCCCGCAGGACCCCUCCGCCCCGGUCCUCACGCUAAACGCACUCCUCAUCGCCUUCGACACAGACGUCUCGCCCUCCAUCCCCCCAACAGCCUACACGCACAUCACCCGCGGCCUCACGGCGCUCAUGGACACCUACCUACUCUCGCUGUGCGUGCACCGCAUUGAGAAAAUGAAUACCACGGGCUGCGCCCUCAUGCAGCUCAACAUUCUCGUGCUGCAGCAGAACCUCAAAAACAUCGAAGACGGCGCUACCCUGGCUCACUCCGCACUCUUCUUCGAUCUGUUCACUGCGGGGCCCGAUGCGAUUGUCGCCCGUGCUAGGCAGUUUGGUGCCGACUUUGGCUUGCCUGCGGGUAUGAUGGGUCAGCAGGAGGUGCAGCGCUUGCUUGAGAUGUGCUAUGAGGAGGCGCUCGGGGCGGAGAACAGGGAGGUCGGCGUGCAGGCUAGGCGGAAGUUGGACGCGCAGGUACUGCAGAUUGGCGAGUUCAUGUAA